AUGCUGAUGAUGGGAGUGACCGAUGCAGUAAUGUGUCGGGCCUUCUAUUCGACCUUGACCGGGAGGGCGGCAGAUUGGUUUAAAACACUGGAACCCGGAUCGAUCGCAUGCUUUGCCGAAUUCGCGAAGAAAUUCGUGCACAAGUUCGCGACGUCUAAGGAGGUGCGAAAGCACUUCACGUACCUUGAGAAGGCUAAGCAGCUGGAAGGCGAAUCUUUGAUAGACUUCUUAGUUAAGUGGAAGGCUGGGAUCGGGAAAGUUGAGCCGCUGGACGACCGUACGGCGAUAAAUGUACUCCACUCCAACCUACGAGCGGGAGCCUUGUACCAAGAAUUCUUCCUGCACCCACCGACCACAUAUGACGAAGCCAUCUGUCGGGUCACCGACUAUGCCAAUGCUGGCAAAUUGAACUUGGCUAAACGGCAGCAGGAGGCCGGGGGUAGCAGAAAGCCGCAGGGCCGUCAGGAAGGAGGUCGGCAGAAUGAUAGAUCCGGCAGAGGUCGGGGUAUGUUGCCCGACUUCACGCCGUUAAACAGACCAGCAGUUGACGUCCUCCGGUUUACACAAUCGUGCAAUAUGAUCUCGCUUUCGGAGCCUCAGAGAGAGGGUCGUGAUAAGCAAAGUAUUACGUCUAUCAUCGCAGUAAGGGACACGAAACAGAGGAUUGCACCACCCUACGACAAGUGA